AUGAAGCCACCUUUGGAGAGGAACCCUACAAAAAAGCGCCACUCUUGGUGGUGGGACAGUCACAUUAGCCCUAAGAACUCGAAAUGGCUUGCAGAAAAUCUCGAAGAAAUGGACAAGCAAGUGAAGGAAAUGCUCCAGCUGAUCGAGGAGGAUGGCGACUCCUUCGCUAAGAAAGCACAAAUGUAUUACCAGAGGCGUCCAAUGCUCAUCACCCAUGUCGAGAAUUUCUAUCGUAUGUAUCGUGCUCUAGCUGAGCGCUAUGACAAUGUAACCGGUGAAUUGCGCAAGAACAUCCCUACUAGGCUGCAGUUGACGGGAUCUUUAACCAGUUCAGAGUAUGGUUCUGAGCUGCAGAGGUCACCCUCACCAUCUCCUGAGCCAUUACAGAGGUCAUGGACAAGGGAGCAGAGUCCUAGAGCUGCUGGCUUCGACUUCUUCCUGAGCAACAGGAACAAUGACUCACCCGCCUCCAGGAAGGAACCUGAGGACUUGGCCUCACAGUCAGAGUCUGAUGCGAAGUCUGAAGAUGGUGACGAUAAUGGCAUUGCCUACACACUGCAUCAGAGAGUUCUCGAACUAGAGGACGAACUCAAUACGACAAAUCAGAAACUACAAGAUGCGAAUGAAAAGCUUGAGUUUUUGGAGGAGAAGAGCUUGAGGUGCCAUUGUGAUUAUAAAGAGAAUGGAAAUGGUGCUGAGCAAACUACAGAAGUUUCAGACAAAGAGAGGGAGCUGGAAGCUGAAAUUGUCAAUCUCCAGGAGCAAGUGGAUUCAGCAAGAAGGCAAUUUGAAGAGGCAUUGUCUGAAAGAGAUGGAGAAAUCAGCAAGUUAAAGCAAGAGCUUGCUGAUGCUUCUGAAAAGUUGCUGCAAGAGAAGCACGCUAAUGGCCUGCAGUUAUCUGAGCUGCAACAAUCAGUUGAAUACAUCAGGUCCAAACUAGAGAAAGUUUCUGAAGAGAAACUACUGGUUGAGAACAAGGUUAAGGAGUUGGAGGCAACAAAUGCUGAAGCUGAUAAGUACGGUCACGAACUAACCCAAGCUGCUGAGAAGCUUUCAGAGGAAAAGUUCAGGCAUGAAGCUGAGAUUCUCACGAUGCGGCAGAACAUUGAAGAUCUGAAAUCCGGAAUCGAGAGCCUUGCUCGAGAGAAAUCCCUGCUUAAAUCAUGGUUUGAUGACUUGGAGCAAGUUGUGGGGCGAGGAAGGAGCAUUUUCGCUGAGUAA